AAUUCGUGAUUGUGCUCUGGACUCUUGUACUAAAAAAAGUCUAUUGUGUUCAAUCUUUCACUGAAGAAGAAAGAAGGAGAAGAUGGAGAAAGCUCUGCUCGGUCAUGAAAGCAGUGGCGGUGGUAGUAGUAGUAGUAGAAGAAGAAGUAGAGAUGCAUCAGCUCUGUUCCGUCGAAGGUCAGACGCAAUCACACAUGGUUCUCCAUAUCAGAAGGCCGCUGCACUUGUGGAUCUGGCUGAAGAUGGUGUUGGUCUGCCAGAGCAAAUUCUUGAUCAGUCAAGUUUUGAAACGGCAGCAAAAUUCUACUUCAUAUUUACUCGAUUUGAUAUCCUUUGGUCCCUUAAUUAUUUUGCUUUGAUAGUUCUAAAUUUCCUUGAGAAACCAUUGUGGUGUGAUGAGCAUUCUGCAUUUUCUUGCAAUAAUAGAGAGUACUACUUUCUAGGACAGUUGCCAUACUUAACUGGUGCAGAGUCUCUUGUUUAUGAGGGUGUAACUCUUAUCAUUCUCAUGAUACAUACCUUCUUUCCCAUUUCGUAUGAAGGAUUCAGUAUAUACUGGAAAAGUGCUCUUAAUAUAUUAAAGUGCCUCAGGUUUGGGUGGAACUGGAUACUGCCCAGUUCACAAACUAUGUACCAACAACUGGUACAUUCUGUACGAGAUGGUGGUACGUUUGGUACAAAUGUCAUAUACAUCUUGACAUAAUCAACUAAAGGUGAACGUAACAAUCAUUGUUUGAAAAUGUACCACCAUUUGGAUGAGAUGUACAAGCUAUUGGUGCAUAAUUAUGAACUGGAUGGCAUUUAUAAUCCAUCCUAGCUGUUUUGCUAUUCUCUACUUCUCUGCCUGUCAUAAGUGUUAGAAUAGGAAAUAAGUGAUUAUAUUUUAUUCUUAUUUAUUCCCUUGAUUGGUGUAAUGGGCUGGUCCAUAUAUUAUGCUUUAUGGCACUCUUGUAAUUACUCAGUAUUAUCAAUAUAAAAGGGUAUGAAGUCUAACUCAUUCCCUAAUUCUUUCUCUUCUCUAAACCUACAUGGUAUUAGAGCCACCCAAGGAGAAACUUUGGAUCAACCAAAGAUUACCUUGCUUUCACUGAAGGACUGCCCAGGCCACCCAAACUCUUGGUUAGGACAGGCGGCCCUCACCCAGUGCAGCAGAAGGCCAGUCAGCUCUUACCCAGGCCAGCUGAAGGCUAGUUGGCUCCUACCCAGGCCAACCGAAGGUCCCUCUUGGUUUGUUGGCUCUCACCUAGGGCUGUAGAAGGUUAGUCGGCCCCCCUUGGCUCCUACCCAAGCCAGCCGAAGGUCUUUUUUGGUCUGUCGGCUCUCACCUAGGGUUGUAGAAGGUCAGUCGGCCCCCCUCGGCUCCUACCCAGUCCAGCCGAAGGUCCCUCUUGGUCUGUCAACUCUCACCUAGGGCUGUAGAAGGUCAAUUGGCGCCCCUCGGCUCCUACCCAGGCUAGUCGAAGGUCUCUUUUGGUCUGUCGGCUCUCACCUAAGGCUGUAGAGGUCAGUUGGCCCCCCUUCAGGACAGCCGAAGCCUUCUCUUCCUUUCUCUAGGUCUGUCGGCACCUUCUCUUCCUUUGUAUAGGUUUGUCGGCAGUCGGCCUCUGACUUCUUUGUUUCGUUGGUAUUAGCCUUUGACUUCUUUGUUUCUUUCUUCGUAAAUAAAUACACAUCUCUGUUUCUUUCUUCAUAAAUAAAUAAAAUGCAAUUAAAAAAAAAAAAAA